AUGGCCUCAGCCAGCAGCCUCCUGUGUGAAGAACAACUCCUGUGUUCAAUCUGUCUGGAUGCAUUUACGGAGCCUGUCUCUACUCCAUGUGGACACAACUACUGCAAGGCUUGUAUCACAGGGUACUGGGCCAGCAGUGGCCAGAUACAGUGUCCCCUCUGUAAGAAGAAGUUCCGCAAAAAGCAACAGCUUCAGGUCAACACAGAGUUCAGAGAUAUGGUGGAGCAUUUCAACAACAUGAGGUUGAGGGGGGACAAAGACAUCCUUGCCAAACCAGGGGAGGUGCCCUGUGACAUCUGCCUUGAGCCGAAGCUCAAGGCCCAGAAGACGUGCCUGGUGUGUUUGGCGGCUUACUGCCAGCCUCACCUGGAGCCUCAUCAGAGAGUCAAGAGCCUUAAGAAGCACCAGCUGAUCGACCCUGUGUCCAACCUGGAGGACAGGGUGUGUAAGAGGCACGACAAGAUGUUUGAGCUCUUCUGUCGCAAAGACCAGAUGUGUGUUUGUUUCAUGUGCUUAAAAGACAACCAUUCAAGUCAUGAAGCCAUCCCACUAGAGCGUGCGUUCGAAGAGAGGAAAGUUGAGCUGGGCUAUGUGAUGUCAGAGAUAAAAAUGACCGAAAACACUAAAUCCAUGCGUAUUAAGGAAAUCAAAUCGUCAGUUGAACAGAACAAGAAAGAGUUAGAGAAAGAGAUAGCAGACAUAGCUGAGGUUUUCACUGCUCUGGUAGUCUCUCUGCAAAAAAAACAAGCUUAUCUGAUCAAAGUGAUCCAGGAGAAGCAGAAAGCAGCACAGAAAGAGGCUGAAGAUUCCAUGACACAGCUGAAGCAAGAAGUCGCUGAGUCGAGGAGGAGAAGAUCUGAAAUAGAGAAACUUUUACAAACAGAGGACCACCUGCACCUCCUGCAGAGCCGUCCAUCUCUCCUCUACCCUGACCACACUGAGGACCUAUUCAGCCCCCUGUCCAACUCCACCUCUCCAUUAACAUCAGACCUCUGUGACAUCAGUCGGCAGACAUAG